CGGUCAAUCGAGGGGUGGAUCAUCAUCGUCACGAACGUCCACGAGGAAGCCGAUGAGGAAGCCUUGCAGGACAAGUUCGGCGACUACGGAGAGAUCAAGAACCUUCACCUGAACCUCGAUAGACGCAGCGGUUACGUCAAGGGAUACGCCUUGAUCGAGUACGCGACAUUAGAAGAGGCGCGCGCCGCGAUCGAUGGAGCACACAACACAAAACUGCUAGAUCAGACGAUUCAAGUCGACUUCGCCUUUGUCAGACCUCCCCCG